AAUUUGCCUCUCUCUUUAUUCUUCUUUCAUUAUUCCAAAUUUUUAUUAUUCAUGAUUGUUACCGCUCACAUUAAUAAUAGCUAUUUUCUUGUUCUUUUCCGCGCCGGCAGUAACGAACAUUGGACAUUUUGUGAAUACCACAAUGGGCACUAGUUCUGAAUAUUUUGAGAAAUUCACAUGGAGAAUUGAAGAUUUCUCUAAAAAGAAUGGCAUGAAAUUAAAAUCUAAAGAUUUCAAAAUCCGGGGUUAUACAUGGAGGAUCCUUGUUCAUCCACUGAGGAAGGAUGUUGACCAUUUUACAUUUUAUUUGAUGGUGGCUGAUUCUUUACCACCUUAUGGAUGGAAUAGAAACACAUUUUUCAAGUUGGUUCUAAUUAAUCAACUGGAUAAGAAAAAGUCCAUCAUAAAAGAGACUCAACAAAAGUUCAAUGGAGGAUAUAGGUGUUGGGGUUCAUUUUUCCUAAAUCUUAAAGACUUCAAUGACCAUAGGAAAGGGUAUCUUGUGAAAGACACAUGCAUAAUUGAAGUUCAUAUUUGUGUCUCCAAUUUUGCACCCAAAAUUCAUGACAUCAAUUCCUUGAACCAAAAUUCAACUCCAACAAUAGAUCAAUCCUCAGAUGAGAGGGAAAUACUUAGUGCAAUAACAUCAAGUUCUACUUCUAGUCCAAAUGAAGAAGGCGAAAUUAAAAGUUCGGAUUUAACACUAAGAGAAUUUCUAGAUUUCGAUAGCUUAAAACCCGAAGAAAAAUAUCUUAUUCCACUCUUAGACGAAGUUUGCACUUGGCGUCCGUCUUUGAUACAAAGUCAAAUGAAUAAAACUCGUUUGUUUCGACAAUGGGCGUUUACGUCAUUAGGUCAAGUUUUGCAUUUUCUUAAGACGAAAAAUGUGAAAGAAAUGAGUGAAGACGAUAUCAAGAAUCUAAGAAGUGUGUGGGAAGAACUUGCGAAAUCUUCGGAAUUUGAUUUGAGUUGGUUAGAGCCUUAUGUUCAAUCUGCUUUAGGUGUGAAACCUCAUUUGGAAAGAGCAAAGAAAUUGAAGAAAUUAAAGGAUAAAGUUGUUGCUUUGGAUAUUAAAAUGAAAAUGCUUAGGGAUGAAUUAACAGCUUCACAAGCACAAUAUGAGGUUGCAAGGAGAAGCUUAUCAGAAGUAAGAAAUGGUUUCAAAGAAAUGAAUAUUAAUGCUCCUAUAGGUUAUGCUAUGUUUUAAUUAGUUUUCUUUUUAUAAUUAUUUUAUUCUUUAGAAUUUCACUUCUUAAGAUGAAUAACCGGAGAACUAAGAUUAAUAGUUUUAUAGUACUAAUUAAUUAAUUCAUUAAUUUAAUUUAUUGUAUAACAUGGUGAAAUGUUUUAGUUUUAGAACAUAUGCAUAUGGUGAAAGGGUAGAAAGUUUUAUUUCCUGCAUCCUUAUAGUAGAUGGAGUGAAACUAUGGCUCUGUGUAUGAUAAUUUAAACAAUAAUGGUAAUUUUUUUGGUUUUUUUCUUUUCUGUA